AAUGCUAAUACUAAGCACUAUUCAUACCAGUUUAUUCGUGCGGUAUUAGUGCGAGGGACAAGUACUACGUAUCGUGUAAACUAGACAUCAAAUAAACCGUUCAGUGUUGUGCUCAUGUGUAUGUUAACAGUAGAAAAUUUGUCCGUGUUUUAUAAUUCUGUUAAUGUAAAUAUAACUCAACUAUUAGGUUUAUUACUACAUUUAAUUACAACGAGUGCGAGAAUAAUGUAUUAAAUAUAUGUAAAUGACGUAAUAUUAUAUUCAGGAAACCAUGAAUCAGUGAAAGUAAAAUAAAAUUAUAGGUAGAAAAAUCUAAGUAAAAUAUAUCAAAUAUGGAAUGCCUAUCUAUACGUACAUAGAAUGUAGAAAUAUAUUAUGUAUGUUCGAUUAAUCGUAUACCUCUAACCGUUUAUGUAGGUACAAAAUUGUCAAUUCGCAAUGCCUAAACCGCAGUUAUUAGUGUCACAUAACGAAAUCCCACAAGCCGUCAUUGACAGUUUAACAGAAAAGUAAUGUAUACAUAUUUUUAUUUAUUUUGCUUAAAUAUAUGAAAAUAAACAUAUAUAUAUAUAUAUAUAAUGUAGAUACUCGUAUAUUAUAUUGAUAUGCUCAUUUAUGAUAUGAUAUGAUAACAAUGUAUCUAUAACUUCCUACAGAUUCGACGUACAAAUAAUUGACAAACCUAUGAAGGCUACAACAAAACAAGAUUUAUUGGAAAACAUUGCCGGCAAGUUUGGAUUGUUUUUUUCGUAUACGACUGUAGUUGAUGAAGACGUGAUCAACACAGCAGGCAAGUUCCCCCGUUAUAUUCUUUUACAUAAAAAUCUGUUAAACGUUUUAAUAUAAUAUAAACAAGUAUGCAUCUAUUAACGCGUCUUGGAAGCUGGACAUAUCAUUAUCAGUGUCUUUCCUAUUAAUAGAUUUAUUUUAGGACAUAUUUUAGAAAAUACAUUUCUUUUUUUUUUAUAGAGCACUCGAUUACUUAUAAAGGUUAUACCAGUAUUUAGCAGUAUUUAUCUUCUUUUUCUUCUUUUUCUGAGACUCCGUUUAAGAUCAUUGUCGUUUUCAAUACAUCCUUCCACCUCCUUAAGCACAGCUAGACCGCCUAACUUGAGGGUGCUAAAAUUAUGCAAUACAGACAUCACACACCUAACCCAUUGGGGUAAUGCUCCAUGGUUUCUCCGCAGUGAAUCCCGGAAAAAAAUUCCCACAGAAAAAUACCCGGAAAAAAAUCCCUACAAAUAAAUCCCCAAAGCCACUAGUUAUACUGUCAAAAUUAUAUGUAUAAAAAAAAAAAAAUCGUAUAUAGUUUAAUCAUCAAUGAGUGUAUAUUGUAUUGUGCACACAGCUGUCAAAAAUAAUAAUAUUAAAUAAUUAAAAAAAAUAAAUAUAAUAUCGUAUGUAGGUAUAACCAUUACAACAUAUUUAUUUUUUCCUGGUGUGGAUUUAAUUAUGUCCAUAGUUGCACAGUUCGAAAUUACUCUAUAGGAACUGAAGAAGUAAAAUUAGUUACGCAGGCUUCCCUUGAAAGAGUAGAUAGCACAGUUAUAUUUAAAAAAAUAUUUUUCGGAAUUUUUGAUGUUUCGUUUGUAAUCUUAAGACUAAAAAAUCAUAAGGAUGACAAUAAUUAGACGAUAAUUUAUACAUACAUUUGUAAAUAAAAUUGAAGGUUUUUUAAAUAAUAUUAUUAUUGAUAGCAUAUUAUAGUAUAAUGAGCUACCGCGAUAAUUUGUUAUUUCCAUGUCUCCUUUUUUGAAGAUUGGACAUAUAAUACCCAAAUUCCAAUCCUUGGGCAAUAGGCAUAUAUUCUUUGUUCCAUAUAUCUUUCACUAAGAGAUAUACUUCUGUCAUAAGAUCUUUUCUAGCUUAUAGAUUAACUUAAUCCUCUCCUGGGGCUUUAAAAUUUCUAAGAUUUUUAAUAAUAAGCUAUAUUUGUUCCCACUUUGGUCCAGUAAUAUAUGCAUUAAUUUAUUUUUAGAAAAAAUAAAUACAUUUAUAGGUAGUUGAAUAUUUUGAAAUAUUAUAAUGUACAAAAAAAAAAAAAAUAGAAAAAAAUGUAUCCUGGAGUUAAGGAUAUUGAAUUCUAUGUAUUCUAUAAAGAAAAGUAUUUACUAUGACUUGACCUAAUCAUUUUUUUAAUAUUUUAAUUUUGUAUAAAUACAUAUAUAUAUAUAUGUAUAUGUAUGUAUAUAUAAAUAAUGUAUAUUAUAUAAUAAAUAAUAAUAUAUGCGUGUUUUAAUAUAAUUUAAAUUCCCUUCAUUUAAAAUUUUUAACCAUUAUUAACUUAUUAGUAAGUUAAAAUAUAAAAAAAAACAUAUAUUCGAUCUAGGCAUAUAGUAAAUAUUAUUCUUUAUAAACUAUACAGUAGGGCACUUUGCCUUAAACUCACAAGAAAGCCGCAAACGUGGAUGUGUGGUGUAUGGAAUUCCUAUGUUGCUUUAAUAUUACAAGCAAGACAAAUAGAGAAAACAAAAUGUUGAUGUAGGGUCGGCACCUUAAUCAAUUGGUUGUUUCUUAUUUGUUUAUUACUUUUUGAUAAAUUAAUCUGAUUAUGAAUGCAAUAAUUAUUAAAAUAAACUAUGUUUAUUCGUUUUAUUAGGACCUAGUCUUAAAGUCAUCAGUACUACGUCUAUGGGUUAUGAAUCUGUCGAUCUAGAUGCUGUGAAAAAACGAGGAAUCGUACUAGGAAAUACUGUACUUGAAACGGCGCAAAUAGUCGCAGAAUGUACUAUCGGUCUUUUAAUUGCAACGACACGAAAUUUUCUCAACGUGAACAAACAGAUGAAAUCGUAAGUUGCUAACUAUUUUCAUUUCCAAAGGGUUCUCUUUUCGUUACUUUAUUUAUUUUUAAUAAUCUUUUUAGAAGUUUUUGAAUUUGGUGUACAAGAUGUCCUCCAGUGUUAAUUGAAUGCUAAAAAUUCUAUCAAAAAUUGUGGCCAGUCGGGUUUUGUGUCAGGGAGACAUAAAUGUAAAGAAAAAUUAGAUUGUUAUUUUCAUUCCCAAAUCAUUGAAAAAAGUUUAUUUUUUCAAUUUUAAAAAUAGCCAUUUUUUAAAAGAUAUUCUAAAAGUUUGAAUGUAUCAUACAUUCAUGUCCAAUUGAUAGCUUCUUAGUUAUAGUGGUUUCAAUGAAUAAAAAAUAGACGUAAUAACAAUUAAUAUUCAAUAGAAUAAUACGUUCGAAUAUCCAUGUAUAAUGCAUUCAGAUUUUUAGAAUAAUAUCUUUUACAACAUUUCUUUCAAUAUCUUUUUUAAUUUUUCUCUACAUUUGUGUUAGUUAUAACUACUGAAAUAAGUACAAUUUUCGUUACUAUUUAAGUUUUAUUGGCAUACGUGACGAUAUGAUGAUGAUAAUUAUUAUUUUUUUAUAACUAUGCCAGUAUAUGGUGGUAGUAUGGGAUCACUACUGGCGAUAGGAUUUCAGAAUAGUUUUUACGCGAUGCUAUAUACGUAUUAUUUAUAUUUUAUUUUAUUAACACAAAUUUCAUAUUAGGUACAAUGUAGUAGCGUGUAACUACUAUCUGUAAUAGCACAAAGUAAUACAAUUCUAUUAGACACGUCAUUUUGUGCUUUAAGCUGAACUGCAUAAAAAUGUACUUAUUUAAAGUCACGCGUUUGCAAUUUAUGUUACUUUCAGUGGUAUAUUGCCGACUGCGACGUCGUUUGGUAUGGGCCUGACUAAUUCCGUGGUUGGCAUAAUAGGUUGUGGAAAUAUUGGUAUUGCGGUGGCGCAGAUGCUGUGGCCGGCAUUUAAAUUGAGCGAACUGCUGUACACCAGUCGUAAACCAAAAUCUGAGAGUAAGAGUGUUGUACAACAUACUGGUUAAUUAACAUAACGUAAUAAGACAUUCAUAUCUCAUAAAAAGUCUGAAAGAAAUUAACCUUAUCUUUAUCAGAAUUUGUAUUUUAAAAAUUGUACGAAACAAGCAGUUAUUUCAAAAUAAGAGUGAAACAAAUUAUAGCAAUGAAACAUUGUAAAUUUGCUUGUUUAUUUAAUUAUCUAUAUAAAACAAAUUCCGAAUAAAGUUAAUACUUUUCGAGAUAAUGAGUAUCUUACGUUAUGUUGAUCACUUUGUAUACCUGCCUAGAACUAAAUGGCAAUAUUUUAGGGUAUCUAUAUUAUCGAUCGUUUUAAACCAAAUCCAAUCAAAUGUUUCAGUGGAAUGUCUCGGAGGACAAUUUGUGUCUGUUGACGAUUUGGUUCGACGUAGCGAUUUCAUUAUUGUGACUGCGGUUUUAGUACCCGAAACAAAGUUCAUCAUUAAUAAGGACCGAUUGGCGCUCAUGAAACCUAACGCCGUGGUUAUUAAUGUAGGCCGUGGUCGUAAGUCAAUCAAUAUAUAGAAUCCGCAAUAUUCGGAUAAAAACGCUCAAGUUUCUAGAACAUAUCAUAAAGAAGUUUUUUUAAUAUAUUUUUAAACGCUCCCUUCGUUUCUCAGCAUCACAGCUAAAGAGUUAUCAGUUAUCUAUACAUAUUUUAAAUUCAAAUAUCUCCUAUUCAAUAAUUUUUAUUUUGACGAGGUGUACACGAUUAUGUACAUCAAAUUUUGUAUACUCAAAACAUAAUGUGCAUAUCACGCGAUAUUUUACAGUAUUGAUCGAUCAAAAUGCCUUAAUCGAUGCUUUACAAGAACAUCGUAUUCGCGGAGCUGGAUUAGACGUCAUGACUCCAGAACCUCUUCCACUUGACAGCCCAUUAAUGACAAUGGAAAGUGUCGGUAAGUAUAACAGUCAUAUUCUAUUUAAUCCUUUAUUAGUUUCUAUAGAACUGUAGAACCUGGAUUUAAAUACAUUCAAAAUCCACAAAAAAUGUUCUUAAAAUGGCAAAUAACUCUUAAGAAAAAUAUUUAAAAAUAAAUAAUAAUAGAGAAAUUUUAAAAGUCCCAUACCUAACACUUUUAAUUUAUUAAAUACAAUUUUCUAACACUACACACAAAUGAUUAAUACAAGGUAAUUUGUUUUAAAUAAAAUUAUACGUAUUAUAAAAAAAUUAUUUUGUGUUCAUCGUCUUUGUAGUGCUAGAAAAUAUCAUAUUAUAGAUUAUAGCUUUUAGAAGGAGGACUUUUAAAACCUCUCUACCAUUUUCGAUUUUUUAAAUAUUUGUUGAGGGUUUGUUUGCAAUUUCCAAGCGGUUUUUUUAUGGAUCUAACUGCAUUAAUAUACAGCACCAUUAUUAAAAAAAACGAACCUAAUUAUUAUCUACUUCUGUUGAAAUAGAUAAUAAAUUUAUAUAUACAUCAAAUUAUUUUAUAAUUUAUUUUCACUUUUCUGUAGUUCUUUUACCUCAUAUCGCUGGAAGAAAUACUUUUGAAGCUUCUAUGAGAAAAGCACAAUUAGCGGCGGAUAAUAUUUUAGCGGUACUCAACAAUCAACCUGUUCCUUGUGAAGUGAAACUUUAGUAUUCUUCUACGAAAAAAGCUUAAAAUAACAACUGUAGUUUAUAAGAAUAAUAUGCACGUGCAGAAAAAUAAUUAAUUGAAUAAACAAAAUUAAAAACAGUUUAUUGUUUAUAAUCUGUAAACGAUCUCUUUAAAGGAAAAAAAACUUACUUAAAACGCAAUGAAUAAUUAAUGUACGUAUCUAAAUAAAUUAUAAUAAUAAUUAUGUUAAUUUAAAAUAUUUUGUUUAAAUUGGUUAAAAUAUUAAUAUUUAUAAAAUAAAUUGCUGUAAACGUUUUGAAUGAAAUUUACAUCGUGUACGAAUAACUCUCCUAAAAAUUAAGUUCACUGAUAAGAGAUUCAAAUGCCCUGAAGUUUGUCACGUGUACAAAAGCUUUUUAAAAACGUGCGGU